UACAGCGGGCAACUGGGGUCCUUCUCUUGGGGUCCUCAGUCAACGUGUUGCGGAACGUUUGUAUGCGCAAUGAACUGAUGGGCUUGUUUUGGUUGCACGUUUUUAUAUAUUUGGAGGGACGUGUACAAUUCCGCUGAUAUUAUUGAAUCUUUACCAUGAUGCCGGGGGAGAACCAGGCCAAAGCCGGAGGAAUCGCCUCUGAAGCAACUUCUGGCACUUGUCAAAACUGCGCUGUUUUAAAUCAGAGCUUAGAUGAAUAUGUGGCUGCUUUGUUAACUCUCAAGCAGAAGAUCGUCGACACAGACCGUCUCUUGGGUGAAUACAAAGAGAAGUGUGAUGAGCUUCAGAAAUCACAGAGAGAAAGCAGCAAACUGCACAGACAGCUGGAUGAGGUGCUACUGAAGCUUGAGCCCUUGGAGAAACAAACAGUGGAGUAUGAACAGAUGAAGACAGAGCUGGAGAAAGUUAAGGCUGAAUUGAAAUUGUAUCAGCAAAGAUGUGAAGAUUUCGACAGGCUGAGAGCUGAAAGUGCUCAGACACUUUCUCUGAAAGAAAAAGCUGAAGAAUCCUUAAGACAAGCAGAGGACACUGUGCAAAGGCAAACCCUGGAGAAUGAGAAGCUCAAAACAGAAAAGAAGUCACUGAAGGAGGAUCUACAGAAAACUCAGGAUUCCCUCAAAAAAUAUGUUCAAACUGCUGAGGAACAUGAGAAUCUCAAGUUGGAGAAUGCCAAGACACUGAUUAUGAAAGGAAACCUUGAGAAUGAAGUUUUGGUGCUGAAAGAGAUAAAAUUUCAACAGGAGAAUGAAAUUGAUGUUGUAAACAAUGAGAAGAGAAGACUUGAAGAAAUGCUGUACACAACACAGCAAAGGCUGAACCAACUUGAGAAGGAGUUCAAUAAAGAAAAAAAGAGUGUGUCUUCCCAAACAGAUGCGGAGAAACUAAUUGAUAAAGGCAAAGUCAGAAUGCUGCUGGAAGAGCUCUGGCAUUGCGUGGAAACUUCAUCCAAAAUGCAAGAAAAUUUGUUCAUCGAUGGAGAAGAGGCAACACCCUUGAAAAGCGAACUUACAAGAAUACCUUCUCAGCCACUGUUUAACAGUCCUUUAGGAAGAUCUCCAGGGAAUCCCAGUCCAGAAACUCAGUUGCAAUCUUCAAAACACUCCUCACCUAAAUCACCUCCAGCUAUCAGUAGGCCUAAAUCAUCACCUCAAAAUUUGAAAAAGCAGAAUAAAGAACAACAGUUCAGUACACCAAGUAGAAAGAGGAAAGUAAGUUCAGAUGGGCUUGAAGAUAUGAACACUUGGACUGAUGAUGCUAAUAGAUCUUUGCUAAACGAAAUGACAGAUGGAGACUUCUUACAUGGAGAUUACUGUAUGGAUUUGCAUGACAUUAAAGAGUGGUUCAAGCCUUUGCCCACAGCUUUAUCACCUGUGCAUAGCCCCUCAAUAGAGCUGGUCAGUGUGAAUGACAACCAACCAAUGUCCGAUACUGAACAGGAAUAUCAAUCAAAUAAUGGAAAACCAGAAGCACUGUCAAGCUUACAAGAAGAUAUUCUUCAAAACAACGCACAAUUAGAACCCUCAGAUAUUGAGAAGUCAUUGCUAAAAGAAGUGGAAAAAUCCUCUGUAAUUUUGUCCCCAAACACUCAUGCAAGAUUAGCUGUGUCUGUUGAUAAUUUAGAUCUUGAAAACCCUUUGUCUGACAGCCAACACAUGGAGGUAGAGUAUGUGUUUGAAGUAACGCAUGGCUGUGAGGCCAACACUCAGAAUCAAACUGCGAAGCCAGGUAUAGAAAAUGGACACACUGUGGAAAGUUCCUUAGAAAGUGACACCACACAAACUGUGGUAGAGCUUCCACUGAUGAAUCAGAAUGGUGACAGAACACAAUUGGAGGAUACAAAAAUCACUAAUAAUCUUAAAAAUAUGUUGGAAAGCUCAGAUCAUCAGCAGGAUAUAAAAUCUGAGAUAGACAACAAUUCUAUUGAAUCUGCAGAAAGCAAAACUCAGGUACAGCCCAACGUGACAUUGGAAGCUAAUGUCAAGAGCGUUUCAACACUUGAUGUGAAUAAUAGUAAGUUAGACAGUAUUGACAAUAAGGAAUCAAAGAGUUCUGUACCACUAGAAAUGAAGUCUGAAGCAGAUAUAUCAACACAUGACACUCAGAACAGAAUAGCUGACAAGGCUGGUCAGUCUGAAGAUGUUGCUGAGGAUAAUGGUUCAAUGCCUGCAGAAGAUCAAAAAAGUUUGGAUGCAGGAGAAAAUGGAAGUGCAUCCCCUUUAAGACCCUCAAAGGCUGAAGAAUCAUCAUCAGAAGAUGAAGGAUUUUUUGGUUUGAAGAGAAAGGUUAGGGGUGUUCUCUCAAGAUCAGAAAGAAGAAUCUCCUCAGAAGAAUUGGACAGUGUUUCUGUGAAUAAGCAGUUUUCCACUGCAAAGCAAAUGUCCAGAGAUGAGCCUCAGGAAUUGCUUUCUGAGAAUGGUGAAUCUCACUCUGGACUUUCCACAGUAAUCAUGCAUUCUGAGGAUGAAAGAGAUGCUGAACAGCCAGAAAAGGACAAAACAGUUCAAAAUGUGUGUAAGUUACAGAGUCAAGAAAAUAACCCUAAGGAUAGUAAAGAAAAUGAUUCUGCGAUCCCAAGAAAAACAUCAGAGCAAAUAAAUAAUGAAUCUCAGCAGGCAGAGGAGAUGUCAACUGAUGCCUAUAGCCCUGGUGUCUCAAAUUUGGUCAGUGAUGUUUAUAACCACAAGGAAACAUCAGGAGAUUCUGCAGUGGGUAGUCUUGAGGAUACCAGCGCACCAUGCCAGAGUACUCUGGAUGCAGAAUAUUCUAACUUGGAAAAAGGUGACAAUAUUUCACUUGUUCCAGGACUCCACACCAAAAUUCAUAUUACACCAACCUCAUGUUUAUCUCUUGGAAGGGUUCGAACAGAGAUGGGUCCACCCCUCCCUCCAGUUGUUAUGCCACUGACUGCUACUCCUCCAAGGUUUGAAAAACGUCAUACUCCUUUAAAGCCUACUUCAGUAUCCUCAGGAUUACCAACAGAUGGACCAAAGUCUCCUAAGAUGAUAUUGUCAGUGCCUGUUAUUGAUUCAGCUCUUCCAGAUGUCUCAAAAAUGUCUCCAUGCUUGACUACUCCAUCGCCGUCUUGUGGAGUUCCUUCCUCACCACUUCAGUUUGGAUCAGCUACUCCAAAACAUGCUGUACCAGUCCCUGGAAGACUCCCAUCAUCUGCCUUAUCCUCCUCUCCUCCUGCUGCUUCUCAGGAAAAUUCCAUGCAAAUGCUGGAUACUAUGUAUCCCGACCUCUCUGCACGAGCCCGCACGUUAAACAUACUCCGUGGGAAUGUUAACCUGAAUCGAGCUGGCAACGAGAAUGGUACCUCCCCUCCGUCUGUUAACCAGAUAUCAGGAAAUAAAACAAUUAGUUCUUCAUCUACUGCCUUUACCAAAACAGAGCAGAAACCAAAAAAGACAGGAGUGAACAUGCUUUUGCCAAAGAGUGCUAAAAGACUCAGACUUGAUAACUGCUCUCCUGCUCCUCCUGGUGUUGCUUUACCUGCAGAACAAGUAAAGGAUCAUCAAACGGUUAUUAAAACGGAGUCCCUCCAAUCUCACCAAGAAGGACAAAGCAAUCAACAGAAAAUUGAGAAAAAACCAGACAACAUUGACAAAAAUGGUCAGAUCUCAGAAGCACUGGCCAAAGUUGGAAUGUCCUGUUUUGAUGUUUUGCCUGUUGUUAAGAGUCAUGUGUUCCUUGGAAGAAUAUCUCAGGUGCCAAUUUUGACUGAUGAAGAAAAGGUUGUAAUUGCUGAUUUCUGUGUAAAUCAGUCUUCAGCAGAAAAGCUCAUGUCUGCCAUCUUGACAAAACUAAAGACUGAGAGGAGCAUUCUGAGUUGUGAAAAUAUACAAGCUCUGUGCAGAGUCUACACCGGGAUAUGUCGCCAGAUAGGGGACUAUCAGAAAGCCCAUGCCUUUGCAUACAACAUCCUCAAAGAGGAUUUUCCUGAUGCCUCCAAGCUAAUUUUGUUCAUGGUCACAACAUGGCCAAGUGUUCUUUUCCAUGAGACCUCCUUGUGCAAAGCCAUUCAUACAGUUGCCAAUCUUAAAUCGGAAGAAGAAAUUUUGGAUUAUCUAACUAAAUAUCUACACUGGGAUAAGAGUCCUCCUGAUGACAUCCAUAAAUUGAUCAGCGACACACUGAAGGCACUUCAAGAAGACAAAGCUUUGACAUUCCAGAAACAAGAUCGUCAUGGUCACGACCUUUGCCCAACUGCUUGGGAAUAUAUAUAUACCUUGGAUCUCUUGUGUACACAUAUGAAGUGGAAGUGGACGCAUGAUUAUGUUAUUGGCAAAGAGCUAUGGCCCAUUAUGAACACUUGGGUGACACAGUCAAGGCUUCAGCAAUCCCCAGUCCGUGAUGUUUGUGUAGCAGCUGUUUUGCGAUUGAUCGGACGACUUGGUCAGUUAGGAAUGAAGCAGAUGCUUUCCAAAUCAGUCCAAAACGUUGCAAAAGCUAUAAACCUCUUUGGAAAACACGGGAUAACAGAAGGUGUGCCCAAGGAGGUGCAGUUGUCUGCUGUCUAUGCCAUUUAUGACCUGGCACCCUGCAACCCAAAAGAUGCACUGGAGGCUCUGGCAUCAUGGAGAAGUGAAACCACACAGCCAGUACCCUCUGCAGUGACCAGCUGCAUCACUCAGAUCGGCUCCCUUUGUCGUCGGAUUAAAUCCUGAAUUUUUUUUUAAUCACUGCAGGUGCUGUUUUUGAGCAUUCUUUUUUUUUUUUUUUAAACACAUAAGCUGUGACUGUUCUCUGGUUUUGCUCUGUGACCUGACAGAAUGUGUGUUCAUUGGUUACAGAAAAAACUGAAAUUAUGCCGUUCUUGUACAUUUGUGUAUAUUAUGUAUGUAGAUUAAAGAUAUUAUGUUUAUACCAUAAAGAACAUUUGUAUUUAACUUGAAAA